UGCUGGAGGAAAGUUUACUGCAAUUCCUGACGCUGUAGAAAUAAAUGGCCGGCGUAAGCACUAACGGGAGACAGCGGUCCGGGCGCCAGAGCGAGAGAGCCGCCGCCCUGGCUGGACUUCUACAGCAGGAGUGCGCUCGUCUUUUGGAGUUAUACGCGGAACGUGAAUCUUUCCCAUCCGAUCCCGAAUCCAGAGCGCAGCUGGUUGUCAUCCCUCCUCUAACUGCCCAACUCUCCACGGCUGAGAAGAUCGGCUUCCUGCACGCAGCUCUCGGGGAAUGUCUCCGCCUGCUGGAGGAAGUCAUAAGACGCGAGGACGCGGAGUUUUCCGAUGUGGAGGAGGACGAGUACAAAACGCAGCGUAGAACUGUGCAAGGGCGACUGGGGCACCUGUUGAUCAGCACAGAGCGCCUCCUAGUGGACGGCAAGACAUGUGCAGCCAACGUCGCUGCGGUGCCAGAUUCAAUGGACAAUGGAUCAUUUGCAUUGAAGAAGUGGAUCCUCCAGGUACUGCAGGAUCUAGAGUACUGGUCUAGCCAGGCUGCUGUAACUCUCCGCUCUCUGCCAGAGAGGGCCAAAGCAGCAAGGAGGACAGGCAGAGGAGCAAGAAGACUCCGAGGGAGACUGCGGAGAUGAAUGUCUAUGUACACAGUGUGUUUUGGGGUGUGUGUUUUUCCAUGUGCAUCUAAGAGAAAGCAGGAGUGAGAAAGAGAGAGAGAGAGAGAGAGAGAGAGAGAAGAGAGAAAGAGCGAGAUAGAGAAAGAGAGUGAAACAUUAAAACAUGGAAUGGCAAGAAAGAGUGAAAAUCUUAACAGAAUGAGGAAUGCUGGGAUGAAGAUAUAUUCAUAGAAGAGUGAAAAAAGGAUAGUAUCCCAACUUCCAGGAGAGGGUUUAUUGGUAUUUUUUGACUGUGGGAUCAAAUCUAACAUGAGGGCAGUCUUUCUGUUAGCCUACAAUAUGAGAAAUAUUACAGUGCAUUGUACUGUUUUUGAUUAUAAACAUACACCAAAUGUGCAAUUAGUAAUAAACAAGUGUUUGCAUGGACAGAUAGCAGAGAUGUCACCUGCUUCUAGGAAAAGCAGUAUGGCCUAAAGACUUUAAGUUAAUUGUGUAGUAACAGCAUCGGCAUACCUGUCAGGUAGUAACAGCAUACCUGUCAUGUAGUUACACCAUACCGGUCAUGUAGUAACAGCAUACCUGUCAUGUAGUUACACCAUACCGGUCAUGUAGUAACAGCUUACCUGUCAUGUAGUUACACCAUACCUGUCAUGUAGUAACACCAUACCUGUCAGGUAGUAACAGCAUACCUGUCAUGUAGUUACACCAUACCGGUCAUGUAGUAACAGCAUACCUGUCAUGUAGUUACACCAUACCGGUCAUGUAGUAACAGCUUACCUGUCAUGUAGUUACACCAUACCUGUCAUGUAGUAACACCAUACCUGUCAGGUAGUAACAGCAUACCUGUCAUGUAGUUACACCAUACCGGUCAUGUAGUAACAGCAUACUUGUCAGGUAGUUACACCAUACCGGUCAUGUAGAUACACCAUACCUGUCAUGUAGUAACAGCAUACCUGUCAUGUAGUUACACCAUACCUGUCUGGUAGUUAUACCAUACCGGUCAUGUAGAUAUACCAUACCUGUCAUGUAGUAACAGCAUACCUGUCAUGUAGUUACACCAUACCUGUCUGGUAGUUAUACCAUACCGGUCAUGUAGAUACACCAUACCUGUCAUGUUGUAACAGCAUUCAGCUGUAAAUUGUUCACAUUUGAUUUAGUCAGUGUAAACACAAAUUACUGAAAGUCACAGCAUGACCAACAAUUCCUUGACUUAGAUUAAGGUUGAUAACAACAUGAUGAUAACAGAUAGCUAAUAUCUUUUGGCAAUUCCAAUAUUUUGUUGAAAUGUUCAAGUCUCAUAAAAUGUACCUGGUGAUACGGGUAUAUGUGAGGAUAAUGACCAGGAGCCCAAAAUAUACUGAAAUUUUCAUUUUGUUUUAUUUCAUUUCGUCACCUAAUGGAAAACUCAACAUAAUUGAAAAAAUUGAAUAUCUGUCUACAAUAAGCAAAAAUAGUUGUCAAGUGUGUAUAUAUUUGUGUGUGUGUAUGUGUGAGUGUGUAACCCUGUUACUGGGGCCACUGAGAGAUAACAAAUGCUGAGAUUUUAUACACUUACAAGUUACAUUACAAGAAACACCUGUCUAGUAUUUAUAAGAAACUAGACUAGUCAUUCUAAGAAACACCUGUCUAGUAUUUAUAAGAAACUGGACUAGUCAUUCUAAGAAACACCUGUCUAAUAUUUAAAAGAAAUUAGACUACUCAUUAUAAGAAACACCUGUCUAGUAUUCAUAAGAAACCAGACAAGUCAUUCUAAGAAACACCUGUCUAGUAUUUAUAAGAAACUAGUCAUUAUAAGAAACACCUGUCUAGUAUUUACAAGAAACUAAACAAGUCAUUAUAAGAAACACCUGUCUAAUAUUUAUAAGAAAUUAGACUACUCAUUAUAAGAAACACCUGUCUAGUAUUUAUAAGAAACUAGACUAGUCAUUAUAAGAAACACCUGUCUUAAUAUUUAUAGGAAACUAGACUAGUUAUUUUCCAGAAACACCUGUCUAGUAUUUAUAAGAAACUAGACUACUCAUUAUAAGAAACACCUGUCUAGUAUUUAUAAGAAACUAGACUACUCAUUAUAAGAAACACCUGUCUAGUAUUUAUAAGAAACUAGACUACUCAUUAUAAGAAACACCUGUCUAAUAUUUAUAGGAAACUAGACUAGUUAUUCUCAGAAACACCUGUCUGGUGUUUAUAAGAAACUAGACAAGUCAUUAUAAGAAACACCUGUCUAGUAUUUAUAAGAAACUAGACUAGUCAUUAAAAGAAACACCCAUCUAGUAUUUAUAAGAAACUAGACUAGUCAUUAUAAGAAACACUUGUCUAAUAUUUAUAGGAAACUAGACUAGUUAAUCUCAGAAACACUUGUCUAGUAUUUAUAAGAAACUAGAUUAAUCAUUAUGAGAAACACCUGUCUACUGUUUAGUUCCACCUCAUAGGUGUGUAGUUAGUCUCUGCAACUAGUUUCAGACCACAGAACUGAUCUCAGUUGUGUAUUUUUGGGUGACCGUCCACACUAAACUGAACAGUGACACUGAUGUGUAAACAACACUGGCAACACAGCAGUGCCCGGUGGCGCUGAGUUAGAUGAACAUCAGUGUUAAUGCUGUGUUAGGCCUACAUCAGUGUUAAUGCUGUGUUAGAUCAACAUCAGUGUUAAUGCUGUGUUAGAUCAAUGCCAGUGUUAAUUCUGAUUUAGGUCAACAUCAAUGUUAGUUUGUCCAACAUCAGUGUUAAUGCUGUCUUAGGCCAAUGUCAGUGUUAAUUGUGUUUUGAAUUGGGUGAGCAGCAAUCCUGUGGUUUGAAAGUGGCCAUGGAUGAAGGUGGUAGAUGAUGGUCAGUUAUAGGGGCAAGAGUCUGGAAACACACCUAUGACACAGAUGUGCCCAAUAAAAUGGUUAGUGAGUAUAGGUAGGUGCUUCUAACAAAACGUCUGCUAGCUAUAUUUGUUUUUAUAUAAUUAUGUUGAUUCUUUUAAGAUCUCUAUCAGAGCACUGACAAUUACCACUAAUUUCUGUCCAGUUAUAAAAAGGUACAGACUUGUUUGUUUGGAAGUCAAAAGCUGUUACCCAGUGACACACAAUAAGCCUUUAGAAGCAGUCUUCUACAGAUGCUUCCCUCAUAAGGUAUAUUGUAUUACAGGUGUUCUUUUAAAGUUGCCUUUAAUAUAUAUUGUAACUGUGUGAAAGUGUGCGCCUUGUAUUGAUUUGAGUGUGAUUUGAUGUGCAGGUGACCUGUAAGAGUGCAGGAGUUGGAGUAGAGAUUAUCUGUACCUGUGCUACUUUCUUGACUGGUGCCUUUGUCGUCAAAUGACAGAAGAGCCUUAGUAAC